AUGACAACGACUUUGCCAACCUUCCCUCCUCCUUUCAACAUAUCCAAGAGAGCAGCCUCGGGAGCAUUCUCCCAACCCUGGACAAUGGCCUCCUGGCUCCUUAUCUUUCCUUGGGCGGAGCGGGCGGGUACCUCGGCGAAGAACUUGCCCGCGAACUUUGGUAUCAAAUCAGGGACUAGGAACCCCCAGAUUGUUUGGCCUUUUGUAGAUGAGAGUGAUGUUCUGUGCGUUCCAUGCGCCCUCUUCGUCCAAAUCGACCCCACGGUAAGCGUCUGCACGGAUCGGCUGAACGCGUGGAUCCAACCCUUGUGCUCCAUCGCCGUGGUCCAAAACGUCGUCACAACCUCCCUCAUGGCCUUCCGCAUCUGGCACACAUCCGCCAGAUCCGCCCAGUACAAAACCGGGAGCUACCUCCUCCCGGUAGCACGCAUCCUCAUCGAGUCUGCGGCGCUACAGCUUGUCGUGGAGAUCCUGCUGCUCGCGCUCUACUCGCGCACGGUGAACGGGCAGUACUUCUUCCGAGUUGCUGGAGCUGAUGACGCCUACAGUGGCGCGUCUCUCCUUGGCUGUCUGGUCAUGCCAUGGGGGAUCACUUUCAACGCUAUCACUAUUCGCAUCAAGCUUCGCGCCAACUCCACUGCGUUCUCGAGGUCCGACCCCGUCCAGACGAUCGGGUGCAUGCCGAUGAAGCGCAUCAAAGUAGAUAUCACUACCCAGAUGGAGGACGACACAGAUCCGAAGCAAAGCUUUCCAGAAAGCUCAGUUGCUCACUCGAGCGCCUGA